UCCUUGGUCCAUGGCGAUGGAGCUCUCUAGAACUCAAUUCCUCUGCAAGUGCCCAUUUAAAGAUUGUCAAUAUUGCAUUGCAACAUGUAUUUUUUCUAUUGAACAUUUGAUCACUUGUUAUGUACUAUGUUACUUCAAUUAUUUACGAAUGUUUUUUUACAGAUGGAUUUUUUUGAUUGAAUUUGGUAUGUUCAUGUAUACUUAGGCUGUCAGUUUUGGUUGAAUCGUGCACCUUAAUUUAUCUGCACCGACCUCUGUUAAUUACUUGUGUUCUUGUAUUGCAAUUCUCACUUCCCAUUAUGUGUUCUAGAUAAAGAAUCUACUCAAUUUAUUAACAUAUUGGUUGUAGAGCUCUGGCAAGUCUUCGGUACUGGAAAGCAUUGUUGGAAAAGACUUUUUACCUCGUGGAGCUGGUAAAUUUCUGCUGUAAACUCUUUUUUGCUGAGGGGUCUUUCUUCAUUUGAAGGGGAUUGUCACCCGACGCCCCCUUGUUUUGCAGCUUCAUAGGAUUGACGAAGGAAAAGAAUAUGGAGAGUUCAUGCAUCUCCCUAGGAAAAAAUUUACCGAUUUUGCUGCACUGAGGAAGGAGAUCUCAGACGAGACUGAUAGAGAGACAGGGCGCAGUAAACAAAUUUCAAGUGUUCCAAUCCAUCUGAGUAUCUACUCUCCCAAUGUUGUUAACCUUACACUUAUUGAUCUUCCUGGGCUGACAAAAGUAGCUGUUGAGGGCCAAUCAGAUAGCAUUGUUCAAGAUAUAGAGAACAUGGUUCGAUCCUUUAUAGAAAAGCCUAAUUGCAUCAUUCUGGCCAUUUCUCCAGCAAAUCAGGAUCUUGCGACAUCCGAUGCAAUCAAAAUCUCUCGUGAAGUUGAUCCAAAAGGUGAGAGGACAUUUGGAGUUUUGACGAAAAUUGAUCUUAUGGACCAAGGAACCAAUGCAGUUGAUAUCCUGGAAGGAAGAGCAUAUAAACUGCAGUUUCCUUGGAUUGGUGUUGUUAAUCGUUCCCAAGCUGAUAUAAAUAAAAGUGUUGAUAUGAUUGCGGCUCGUCGUAGAGAGCGUGAAUAUUUUGCUACUAGUCCAGAGUAUCAGCACAUGGCUAGUAGGAUGGGUUCUGAACAUUUAGGGAAGAUGCUUUCGAAGCAUCUGGAAACUGUCAUCAAGUCUAGAAUUCCAGGUCUUCAAUCUCUUAUUAACAAAACUAUUUCUGAACUGGAAGCAGAAUUGAGUCGUCUUGGAAAACCUAUCGCUACUGAUACUGGAGGGAAAUUAUAUAUGAUCAUGGAAAUUUGUCGCACAUUUGAUCAGAUAUUUAAAGAACAUCUAGAUGGCGUACGCCCAGGUGGAGACAAGAUUUAUUCUGUGUUUGACAAUCAAUUCCCGGCUUCUUUAAAGAGAUUACAUUUUGACAAGCAUCUUUCCAUGGACAAUGUUCGAAAGAUAAUAACCGAAGCAGAUGGUUACCAGCCUCAUUUAAUUGCACCUGAACAAGGGUAUCGCCGGCUUGUUGAAUCGUCCUUGGUAACCAUUAGAGGGCCUGCAGAGGCAGCUGUGGAUGCGGUAUUUUCUCUUCUCAAAGAGUUAGUUCAGAAGUCAAUCAGUGAGACUAUGGAGUUAAAGCAAUAUCCUACCUUGAGAGCGGAGGUUUUGAAGGCAGCUGUUGAUUCAUUAGAGAGGAUGAAGGAAGAAAGUAAGAGAGCCACAUUACAGCUAGUGGAUAUGGAAUGUGGUUACUUAACCGUUGAAUUUUUUCGCAAGCUUCCUCAAGAUGUUGAAAAGGGUGGAAAUCCAACUCAUUCGAUAUUUGAUAGAUACAAUGAUUCUUAUCUCCGGCGAGUCGGAUCCACGGUGUUGUCCUAUGUCAAUAUGGUUUGUGCGACUCUGAGGAAUUCUAUUCCAAAAUCAAUAGUAUAUUGUCAAGUGCGGGAGGCCAAGCGCAGUUUGCUCGAUCAUUUCUUUGCAGAAUUAGGUACAAAGGAGGCGAAACAAUUAGGAAAAUUGUUGGACGAGGACCCCGCCAUCAUGCAACGACGAACAUCAAUUGCAAAGAGGUUGGAGUUGUAUAGAAGCGCCCAAACGGAGAUUGAUGCAGUGGCUUGGGCUAAGUAAACACAUUCUCAUAAAAAGAGUAAAAGAUCCUACCGUGAAAUGAAGUAUGGUUACUACAAACACCCAUUAUUUGAUUGUUUAUUCUUUAACUAAAAUCAUGAACUAUGGAACUUGGUAAAUUUGGUGUUAGGUGAUAAUAAGCUUUACGACCUAAAUCCUUCAAUUUGGUUAGAGCAAAAAGGUAUAGAAUCGAUGUCUUACCUGUUACCACGUUGAGAUUACAUUUCAAAAUUUGAACGUUAGAGUAAUUACAC